UUUUUGUAUUAUAUAUAUGAAGCUCUAAGAGGAACUCCACUCCACACUUCAUCACUCAAAUCCAAUCCUGCUAGCUACUACCUCUGAGGACUCACCUCCAAUGGAGCCUCUCACCCAAUUUAUCUUGACCCUCUCUGUCCUGCUUGUCUGUGCCUUGAUUUUCAAGAGCCGAGCCGGUCCUAAGAAAAAGGCCUGCACUGCGCCUGCAGCCGGUGGCACUCUGCCAAUCAUCGGCCAUCUGCACCUCCUAGGUGGCCGGACACUUGCCCACAAAGUGUUUAGCAACAUGGCCGACAAGUACGGACCAGUCUAUACAAUAAAGCUGGGUUCCUACAGAUAUCUGGUUAUCAACAGUUGGGAAGUUGCGAAAGAGUGCUUCACUGUCCACGACAAGGCCUUCUCGACCAGGCCAAGUGUGGCGGCGGCGAGGUUGUUGGGCUAUAACUGUGCUAUGUUUGGGUUGACCGGGUAUGGGGAGUACUGGCGUAAAAUGCGCAAGAUAGCCACAAUUGAGCUGUUGUCGAAUCACCGACUUGACCUGCUGAAGCACAAACCAGCUGCAGAGGUGGACAGUAUGAUGAAAGAACUGUACAAAGUGUGCGGUCGUAAAGGGGGCGCAGAAAGUGGAACUGUUGUGGACAUGAAGCAAUGGUAUGGGAACUUGACGCUUAAUAUUGCUAUUAGAAUGGUGGGAGGGAAGCGAUACUUUGGGACUAACGCCGAUGUGGAUGAAGAAUCGGCGAAUCGGGUUCAAAAAGUGAUGAGGGAGGUGAUUUAUCUGUUUGGGGUGUUUGUGUUGUCUGAUGCACUUCCUCUUUUCGGUUGGUUGGAUACGAAUGGGUAUGAGAACAGGAUGAAGCGAGCUGCCAAAGAAUUGGAUCGCCUCAUUUCAUCGUGGCUGGAGGAGCAUAAACAGAGGAGGUUGACGGAGGGCAAGCGGUCUGAAGAAGAUCAAGAUUUUAUGGAUGUCAUGCUCAACACCGUCGAAGAUGCCAAGAUUUCUAAAUUCGACGCCGACACCAUCACCAAGGCCACUUGCUUGAAUCUAAUUUUAGCAGGAAGUGACACGACCAUGGUAACUCUUGUAUGGGCUUUGUCCUGUCUAAUGAAUAGUGACGAAGCGCUGAAGAAGACGUAUGAAGAGCUGGAGAGAGUGGUUGGCAAUGAUAGACACGUUGACGAUUCUGACAUAAAAAAUUUAGUUUAUCUCCAAGCCGUAGUCAAGGAAGCACUGCGCCUAUACCCAGCCAGUCCACUCGUGCAUCGUGCUCUACUGGAAGACUGCACCCUCUCCGGUGGCUACUUCAUUCCGGCCAACACGAGGGUGAUGGUGAACGUCUGGAAAAUUCAACGGGACGAGACAAAAUGGGUGGACCCCGAUGUGUUCAGGCCGGAGAGAUAUUUUACUACCCACAAGGACAUGGACGUGAGGGGUAACACUUAUGAGUACCUUGCUUUUGGGACGGGAAGGAGAUCUUGCGCUGGGGUCUCAUUUGCUCUACAAAUGGUGCAUUUGUCGCUCGCUGGCUUCUUGCAGGCUUUCAAGGUUUCUAGGCCAUCAAAGGAGCUUGUGGAUAUGACUGAGAGUGUUGGUUUGACAAACUUGAAGCAAUCCCCACUUGAAAUUCGCAUCACUCCACGUCUUCCUGCUGAACUCUACAAAUGAUCACUCUAAUAUUUAAUUAAGCUUUCUGCAUUUAAAUUACGUGUUCCUAUGCUUUUGUGUUUGUUCCAUCGCCAAUAAGAGCAAUAAGAGUAAUAAUGCUACUUUUUUA